GUAUGAUCAAUAUUUGUGUUGCCGGUUUUCAAGUGUGCCGUCUCGGAGCACACACAAAUCCACUGCAGCCGUUAAAUUCUGUCUCGUUGAGUAUUUUACAGACAUCACAGCAUAGAAGAACGUGUCUCUACCAGUUUUCUUUUACCCCCACACACCCACACACAUCCACACACAUCCACGUCUACACAUACACAGCUAUUAAACCAUAGAGCUUUCCUACCCUCGCGCCUUCUGUGCUACGCGCGGCCUUAAUACAAGACGGCUGCGUAUGAGCAAUAUAUUAAUAUAUAUUCAGAAAACAAUCUCAUGCAUUAACCGAUCUUACAUCGGCGUAAAUGAACUUUGAAGAGAUGUGGCGUGAGGCCAUGGAGGAGGAGGCCACACAACAGCAGCCGCAGCAGCAACAGCAAGGACCGCAUCUCGCCGGUACUGUCAGAGGCACAAAUGCCACCACAGCUCCCAACGCAAAAGGCGAAGACGACUACGAUGAGUUCAGCGAUGACGAGCUGCUUCAGCUCAUGCCGCGGGCAAAUGACCCAGCUCCGAUGAUAUCUGCCACCGCUGCCUCCUCUCUCGUUGCACCUGCCAUCGUUUCACCAACCGCAAUCCCGCAGCAGGUAGAGGCACGGAGAACGUGCGAAGGUCCGCCAACCAAUGCCUCGUCGACCAGCACACCCCACGCACAGACCGCGACGACGGUACAGAGGAGGAGAAGCGUGGUGCCGCCGCGAGGGGUGUUGGACUUCCCGCCUACAAAGGCCACGAGUUAUAUGAUGCGUGGGGAUGGUGGGCAGGUGCGAUGGGUCACCGCCGGUGCCUUUGCGGGAGCAACGUCGGCAGCGCUGCACACAGGACGGCGCCACAACCAGUCGCGCAAACGCGCUCGUGAAGCCGCCGCCGCCGCAGCAGCAGCGGUGAUUGAAGUGCACGACGAUGAUGACGAAGCACAACAGCAUGAAGUGAUCAAGGUGGACUCGUCGUCAUCUUCAUGUGCCUCGUUCGUGGGUAGCGGAGAGGACUCAGGUAGCGAUGGCGAGGACGACCUUCCUGUGACGGACACGAUCAUGGACUCCUCUGCUUCCGAUUCAGACUCACAGCCAUCAUCACGGUCACUACAGCAGCAGUACGGCGCUGCUUCACACUUUUUGCGAGACGGCGUGAAUGUGAAGGACAUGCUGCGCGAGAUCUACACCGCAGAGGCAGAGAAGCAAGAGCAGCUGAGGAGCAACGAAGAGGCGACGGAGACGGAGAGGGGGGCGGAGGAGGCGAAAGAGGUCGCCUCGCCGCGGGAUGAGGAAGGGAACGAGCGUCAUCGCCUUCCAGACGAGCCCACUCCCUACGAUCCGUUUCUUACCCCACAUCGUACCGCCUCCUCUCACAUUGCGCGCCUCAGCAGUUCCGCGGACACGCGACACGCGUCAUCGAGCAGCGGUGAGCUUUGGGUGACCAAGUACAAACCUCAGCUAUUCCGCGAGGUGCUGAGCGACGAGUCCAUUAACCUUCGCCUCCUGCAGUGGCUCAAGUCGUGGGACGCGUACGUCUUCCCUGAAGCGUCGUCCAGCAGCAGCAGCAGCAGCAGCGGUGGCGGCGGUGCCGCGAGGUCAGCGAAACACGGUGGUGGAAUGACCGCUUCUGCUUCGUCGUUUCAUAAAGGCACAUCUUCGUUGCUCCCGUCAACUGCACCAUCAGCAGCGGCUACCCCGCCGGAGGAGCGGAUCGCGGUGCUGACGGGCCCGCCGGGAGUGGGAAAGACGACGCUCGUCCACGUCCUCGCCGCGCACUGCGGAUAUGAGGUGAUCGAGGUGAACGCGAGCGUGGAGCGGACGGCGUCGCGGCUGGAGGCGCUCAUCAAGACGGCGGUGUCGGCGGCCGGCCCCGCACCCGGCGGCCGUCUACGACGAGCCCAAACGGCAUCGAUAGCAGCGACACCUGCGACGACCACGACCGUCCCCGCGGCUGAGGCGAAGGAGGCAGCGGACGAGGCGGCCCCCACGUCGCUCGUACAGCACCUGCUGCGGCCCAAGUGUCUCGUCAUUGACGAAAUGGAUGGCAUCGCCAACAGCAGUGUGGCGGCCUACUUGGUACAGCAGCAGCUGCAUCGACCGGUGUUCUGUCUGUGCAACGACCUCUACGUACCGUCGCUGCGCGCACUGCGACAGCGCUGCUCCCACGUGUACUAUCUACCUCCGAUCCGUCCGCAGCGGCUGCUGGCGCGGCUGGAGGAAAUAGCCCGUCGAGAGCAUAUGACCUCGCUGGACCAGACGGCGCUGGCCGAGCUGAUCAGCACGAGUGGCGGCGAUGUGCGGAGCUGCGUGAACACGAUGCAGUUUAUCAACAGUGUCGUGCACCAACAGCAACAGCAGCAAGGGGGCGGAGGAGGUGCCGUGCCGCGGCGGCACACCAUCACGGAGCUGAUUCGCCGUAUGCAAGGCAAGGACACCCGUCUCGCUUUGAAGGAAAGCUGGCAGCUGCUCUUCACGCGGCCCGAGCGGAGUAAAGCGGUGCAGCUAUUGAAGCUGGAAUGUGGGGUAGAUUACGAAGGGCUGGUCGAGGCGGCCGCGGUGCAGCACCACCGUCAACACAUCGUCGAGGCCCGUCGCCGACAGGAGCGGGAGCGGGCCAUUGGGAAAGCUUCGUACCCCGCAGGCUCUGAGCGCGAUCUGUAUGCACGAGACAUCAACGAACGUGGCGGUCGCGAGGACCAGCGGGAUGGGCGGCCACUACCACCCUCAAAGGAGCAGGAGAAGGUCGCGUACGGCUUUCGCGUGGACCCGGGUUAUCUCUACGCGGCACAGCAGCUGGACCGCUGCCCCGACACGGCAGGUCUGGUGGAUGGGCUGCAGGAAAACUACCUUGGCCGUGCGUACACGGACUACAGCUUCGCCCGCACCUGCGCGACGGCCGGGGGCUUCUCCCAGCAGGACGUCGUCGUGGCCGCCGCCUUUCAACACCCCCAGACGAUGAUGGGGACGGCGGAGCGGCUGAAUCAGGUGUGCGCGCUGACCUGCUACGUUCACUGCAGCACCGCCGCGCGCGGUGCUCGCAUUGAGUUCCCACGUGAGCAGGCUACCUUGCGCCGUCUGCAGUCGGCGUCGCAGCACACUGCGCAGCAGUUCCGCGGUGGCUGCCGCCCGCACAUCGCGGCCUUCCUCAGCGGGGCGGAGAUCGCGUCGACGGACGUGGCCCCGAUGCUGCUCCGCUGCCUCUUUGACCGCUCGCUGCGACUGCCGGCGCACUCCAUCACGUCCUUCAGCCGACUUCCCCCGGCCGAUCAGCGACUGCUGCAGGCCUCCGUCGCCCGGCACGUGGAGUACGGCCUGAGCUAUGAGAAGGAUCGUCAGUACACUCCGCCUUUCAACGGUGGGGUGGCAGGGGCGAACCGGUUCGGGUCCUUUCUUUCAGGGAGUGCGGAGGACGAGGUGCCGUGGCGGCUGACCCCCGAGAUGGAUGAGCUGCUGGCGGGCAUCGUGCGGCCGAUGGAGAGGACGCUGUUAGGUGGCUACGGCGGUGGUGGUGGACGUGGCACAUCGUUCUUCCAGCGGUCGCGUUACGGGGACUCCGGCAGCAGCGGCGCCCACACUCCAUCGAACUACGUCAAGGGUAACGGCGCAUCGUCAACCACCGUCGCCGCCGCUGCUGGGCGUCCGUCGCUCUCCUCCGUGCUGCUGCCGCUCAAGAAUGAGAUACGUCAGAUUUUGGUGGGUGAGAUACGCCGCUACCGCAUUCUCCAGUCGGUGGAGUUCCUUCAGAAACAGCAGCAGCAGCAGCACGACGCCGUGGCCGACGCGGGUGUGGCGGCAGCAACAGCACCGCCACCAGUGCAGGUGAAGCGCCCACGUGAAGGCGACAGCUGUGCCAAGCCGGACAGCGCAGCCGGGGUAACGGUAAAAGCGGAGGGUGCAGGCGUGCCAGUAUUGAGGAAAGUAAAGCGCGAAGGAGAGGAGGGGAAGGUGGAAGCGGCACCAAAGGAGGAAGAGACGACGACUGCCCGCCCUGCUGCACGCCGCGACUUUUUUGGCCGUCCCAUCGCGGAUGCUCCGGCGGUCAACCAUCGCGCCGCCCGUAUACUCAACACGACGACGACGACCACGACCACCACUGCGUCUCCACCGUCUUCCUCUCCUUCUCCCUCGCCGACGGGGGGAAGCGGGAAUAGCGGCUUUCCGCGGUCGCAGCCACAUCAGCCUCUCUCGACCCGGGCGUAUGUCCGCUACGUAUACCAAGACGGCUCCACCAAUGCUGUGAAGAUGCCGGCUGUGCUGGCCGACUUCUGA